UUAUAAAUUCAAAGUUCAAACAACGGACACGGCGCGUGUGCUAUGUUGGUUUCAAGUUUAGUUUGCGGAAUGGUGGAAGUGUUUCGUUGUCUCAAUUUUUCCAUUGAAUUUGUGGUUUUCCUUAUGUUAAUUGAUUUAGUAGCGCUCAUGUACCUUUUCGAGCUUCACUAACGUGGAUCUAGUGUCAUUUUUCAAGUAAGUGGUAUCUUUCCUGAACUUCCCGACCUUUAGUCAUAUCUCUGCCCGAAACGUCCCAGCCUCACUAUGAACAGACUGGGACAUGCCACCACCCCGGUGACCCAGAAGGCCCUGCAGCGACAGGCUGCCAGCAAGGAGACACGGCUGGCCCUGCUCUGGGGUCUGCUGAAUCUGGCCCUGGCUGGCCUCUGCUUCUUGGAAAUAACGUUCCACUCGCUAGCAGAUUUCUUCAACCUUCAGCCGCAGUUCGUUUGGUACCCCGUAUGCUUCCUUGCAGUCUUGUUCAGCAUCAACACUGUGGUUGAUCUGGCCAGGUACGCCUUGCCCAUAAUGCAGUGGACCCACCAGCCUAUCCACCUGUCACUGCAAGAGAGAAAUCUCCUGGGAGUCAACGAGAAUGCUGUCGGGUUCAAGACCUCAACUCCUUUCAGACCCCGUGUGGCCUCGGCCCCAGCAAACCUCUCCUCCCAGGGCGUGGCCAGCAGGAGUCCCUCCCUUCAGCCGUCCAGCACCUACCUCUACCAGACCACGCCCACCCUGGGCAUGCCCUCCAUGAGCUUCUACAACACACCUCAGGGGGCCGGCGAGAGGUCCCUGGUGUCACCUGUGUUUUCGACACCCCAAGGGAGUCCAUACACAACACCCCAGCAGUCCUUUAGCAGAGUGACACCACAUGGUAGCCCUCAUACAUCGAUGUCUGGCGUCUCGCCUUCUCCGCUCUUGCGUGAUGGCAACAGCAGCAUGCUACUACGAAAUCGGCACCAGUCUUCUCCGGUCACCCACUCUCCACUGACCUCUGAGGAAGCCAUCACUGACCCUGCAUCACUCAGUAGCUACUUGAAGACAGUGGAGGAGAUGGAGAGAAAGUACCAACUCGGUAGCAACGAAUCCUCCCCCAGUGGAAGCCCAUCCUUCUGGGCCUACAACCGCUCGGCAGCUGACUACACCCCCCUCCUGCGCAAAUUCCAGUACCAGCUGGCCAGCCGCUCCCCACAGUCACCCACCUCGCGCAAGGAUGACCCCGACUACCCGUCCACCUACCGCGCUGAUGAGGUGUGGGGAAGAGUCGGGGUCCGUCGGGACCAGCUGGACCACUGGAUCGAAAACCUUCGCAAGUGGAUCUCCCAGACAAUAAUGGCACCGCUGGCAAAGGCCAUAGACGAACUGAAUAUCACCCUGACUAAGCUGGGAAGGGCGGAGCUUCAAAUCGGAGAGGUCAGUUUAUCCUCGUUGCGUCAGGUGUCCCUCACAAAGAGUCAGGUUGUCCCCACACUGUCAAUGGUACUACCCUACCUGGAUGUCUCAGCCAAUCAGGAGUAUGUUGUACAGAGAAUACGAGAAUUGGCAUCGGGUGGUUGCAUAAGUGACUUCCGAUGGGACAGAGGAGGCGAUUUCAAGGGGCGUAAAUGGGAUGAAGAUCUACCCUCUGAUUGUGUGAUGGUGAUGCACAUGCUGUGUUCCUACUUGGACUUCCAAUUGCCCAGCGAUCCCAAACACCCCGACGGCAAAACCUUCACCAGCCAGUACUUCAUGAAAACACCCGAUAAGCCAGACCUGAAGAAGAAGGACAACCUGCUGCUGUUCCAGACAAAGAUCAACCCUCCCCAUUACAAGGUCAUCAUUGGUGACGACACCUGGGACCUGCCAAAGGGACACAGCAACAUGUUCCAGGCCAUUCUACUGAUGUUGCACCAUGUGAAAACAAAGGAACACGGAAUGCUAGGACGAGUCAAUUUGGGAAUGUCAGGCAUCAACAUCCUGUGGGUGAUCGAUGACAUUGAAAGGCUUCCAACAGUUCAUCAGUGAAGAAGCCUGGGGGCGCGUACGUACAAACAAGACCAUGGACCAUGGAUGUAUUGAGUUUAAAGAAGAAUGGAUGGAUGGAUGUGAAAAGGUUUUUAAUUUGCAUGGAGGUAUGUGGUAACUCAGUUUAAGAAUGCUCCCCUUGGGAAUCUGGUUCCUAAAGAACAGUGGACAGUCUGGGGUGUAAAGUGAUAAGAGUGCUAGAGUGACCCUCUAGGGUGGUCUGUUAAUUCAAGGUUGGCAUCCCAAUGUGUGCAAGUGAUAUUGGAUGCAAGACAUGUAUGGGUAUUAGCCACUUCCUGCCGGGGAGCCCGGUUUUGGGCACCGUGUGUUUAUAUGCGUGGCCCAGGUCUCCAAAAUCGGA